GGGUGAGAGUGGUAGGAAGUAGAUAUUUCUAGCGAGACGAUCAACGAAUUAGUUUGAAUUUGAAAGCCAAACCGACAGCACCGUCGUCGUCGCAGUUAUCGUCCAGUGAUCUUUUCUCACGGUAUAUCACGCCAAAGUACGCAGGAUGAAUCACCAGGAGUUUCGCGAUUUCGCCAAGGCCGCGGUGGACUACGUCGCGAACUACAACGAGAGUCUGCGCGAUCGGCCGGUGCUGCCCAAGGUCGAGCCGGGCUACCUGGCCAAGCUGCUGCCCGAAGAGGCGCCCCGCGCACCCGACAACUGGCAAGCCUGCCUCGCGGACCUCGAGAAACACGUGAUGCCCGGCAUCACGCACUGGAACUCGCCGCACUUCCACGCCUACUUCCCCACGUCCAACUCGUAUCCGGCGAUCGUCGGCGACAUUCUGAGCAGCGGCAUCGGCUGCGUCGGCUUCUCCUGGAUCACCUCGCCGGCCUGCACCGAGCUCGAGAUGAUCACCCUGGACUGGCUGGCCAAGCUGCUCGGGCUGCCCGAGCACUUUUUGAACUCGAGCGAGGGCCCGGGCGGCGGCUGCAUACAGGGCUCGGCCAGCGAGUCGACUCUCAUCAGUCUGCUGGCCGCGAGAGAGACGACGAUUCGCAGAGUCAAGAAGGAGCAUCCCGAAUGGAGCGAGGGACUUAUCAGGUCCAAGCUGGUUUCCUACACGUCGGAUCAAGCGAACUCGAGCGUGGAAAAGGCCGGCCGUCUAGCGGCCAUACCCAUGCGACUGCUGCCCGGCGACGAGGAGUGUCGCCUCAGAGGCGCGACCCUGCUCGAUCAGGUGAAGCGCGACCUGGAGGAGGGCCUGAUACCUUGCGCCCUCGUGGCGACCCUGGGCACGACGCCUACCUGCGCCUUCGACGACCUGGCCGAGCUCGGGCCUCUGUGCCAGGAGCACAAGAUCUGGCUUCACGUGGACGCCGCCUACGCCGGGGCUGCCUUCGUCUGUCCCGAGUUCAGGCCGCUGAUGGCCGGCGUCGAGUACUGCGACUCGUUCAACUUCAAUCCGCACAAGUGGCUGCUGGUCAACGCCGACUGCUCGGCUCAUUGGAUGAAGGACGCUCGACACAUAACCGAGCCCUUCAGAGUCGAGCGAGUCUAUCUGGCCAGCGAUCAAAACAAACCCAAGGCCGAGCGCGACUAUCGACACUGGCAACUGUCUCUCGGUCGACGCUUUCGCUCGAUGAAGCUCUGGCUCGUGCUGCGCCUCUACGGCCAGCAGGGCCUGCAGAAGCACAUCCGCGACACGAUCUCGCAGGCCGAGUACUUUCAUCGGCUCGUCGCGGCCGACGAGCGCUUCGAGAUACCCGUCAAACCGAGCAUGGGCCUGAUCUGCUUCAGGUUCCGGGGCGACGCGGACAACUCCUCGACGCGGCAGCUGCUCGACCGGCUAAUGCUGCGACGCCGCAUCUACGUGAUAGCGGGCGCCUAUCGCGACCUGACCCUCGUCAGGUUCGUCGUGUGCAGUCGCUACACCACCGCCGAGGACAUCGAUUACGCCUGGAGCGAGAUCACCGAGGUGGCCGGCCGAGUAUUGCGGGGAGAGGACGAGCCGGUGUCGGUGACGGAAGAGGCAGCCGAACAGCUGGGACGACUGCAGAUCGAGGAGCCGCUGCUUCGAUGUGGAGAAAGCGACGACGAGUCGAUCGAUCGUUAGUUAACGACGAGUCGCUUUUCUCGUGUAGAUAGGAUGAAUCGGAAUCGCUCCUGAGGAGUAAAAAUUUAUUGUAUUGUUUUUUUAUGUUAUUUUAUAAUUACGAGUUACCGUUGUAACGAUACAUGAAUACUAAAUAGCUACGAGUUACUAUUUGUAACUAUAGAUGAACAUUGAAUAAUUACAAAUUAUUAAUGUAACGAUAGAUGAAUAUUAAAUAAUUACGAGUUACCAUUGUAACGAUAGAUGAAUAUUAAAUAAUUACGAGUUACUAUUGUAACAAUAGAUCAAUGUUAAAUAAUUAUGAGUUACCAUUGUAACUAUCGAUGAAUAUUAAAUAAAGUCAACGACAUUUUUAUUAA